AUGGCAAUUCUCCUUACUGGUGGUACCGGCAAGACUUCAGUGCGGGUUGCGCGUCUCUUGCAAGAAGCAAGCAUUCCUUUCCUUUUAGCAUCACGAAGAGGCGGAGAUGCAGCCCCACUUGGGAUGCCGGCGACGAAGUUUGAUUGGCUUGACUCCUCGACUUGGGGAAAGCCAUUUGAGCACAAGUUUCUAAAUGGAGAAUCCAUCUCUGCCGUCUACCUUAUGGCGCCAGUCGUCGACGACCCAGAGACUUCAAUGAACGCCUUUAUCGACUACGCCAUCAAAGAGCACAAUGUCAAACGAUUUGUCCUCGUUGCAGGUACAUCGGCCCAGCCUGGCAAGUCUGGGGUGGGCAAAGUGUGGCAGCACUUUCUUGAUACAGGGAUUGAUUAUUGUGUGCUAUGUCCUACUUGGUUUAUGGAGAAUUUCUCCGAGGAAGCGCAACGUUUUGUGAUCCAAAACCAGAGCAAGUUAUAUACAGCAUGCGGCGAUGGCAAGAUCCCGUUCAUCAGUGCGUCGGAUAUAGCGGCCGUCGCAUACCGCGCCCUUACCGAUGCGAAAUCUCACAAUACUCAAUAUGAACUGCUAGGGCCUGAGUUGUUGACUUACGACGAGGUGGCAGCAAAACUCAGCAGCUGUCUGGGACGCAAAAUCGAACACGUAAAGCUCGUUGAAGAACAAAGAGUUCAGGGUCUGAUGAGCCAUGGCCUGCCGGAGCACUACGCCAAAUUCCUCACUGCCCUCGAAGUCUCAGCUGCGGGUGGAGCAGAGAAUAGAAUGAAUGAUACUGUGGAAAAAGUGACAGGACGACCACCGAAGAACUUUGAUACAUUUGCCCAGGAGAAUAAAGCUGUUUGGCAGUAA